AUGUGGCUCUUUAUUGCAAUCCUGGUUUUGAUACAAGCACUCGCGAACUCAGAAGGUGCCAUCGAGCAGGAAAAGGCUAUAAAUCCCGAGACUUCCAUGAAUGUUAGCCAGUUGAUCUGCCACAGAGGGUACCCUAGUGAGGAGUAUGAAGUCCUGACUCGCGAUGGCUACUACGUCAGUCUGAACAGAAUUCCUCAUGGGAGAGAAAAUCCGAGGAACACAGGGGCCAAGCCGGUCGUAUUCCUCCAGCACGGGUUACUUGGAGAAGGCAGCCACUGGGUGGAAAAUCUGGCUAACAACAGCCUUGGCUUCAUACUGGCAGACUCCGGCUAUGAUGUCUGGCUGGGAAACAGCCGGGGGACAAGCUGGUCCCGGAGACACCAGCACCUUUCAGCUGACCAGGUUGAAUUCUGGGAUUUCAGUUUUCAUGAAAUGGCAAUGUACGACCUCCCGGCCAUGAUCGACUUUGUCCUGCAGAAGACUGGGCAGAAGCAGAUAUAUUACAUUGGCUACUCCCAGGGCUGCACGAUCGCGUUCAUUGCAUUUUCAUCCAUGCCAGAACUGGCUCAGAAAAUCAAAAUGUUUUUUGCCCUGGCUCCAGUAGUGACAAUCAAGCAUGCCAAAAGUCCCGUCAUGAAAAUGUCCUUCCUCGUGGACAGGCAAUUCAAGAUGUUUCAGCUUCUGCUCGGCAGAAUGGACGCCUCGCUGCGGAUGAGGAAGCUGUGGAGGUUUCUCCCCCAGCUAUGCAGGCACCCACUGCUGCACAAGCCCUGUGCCAGUCUCCUCUUUCUGCUCGGUGGCUUCAACAAGAAGAACCUCAAC